AUGACAACUAAUUCCAAUGCCAUUGACACUGCUGAUGAUGCCAUCCAAAUGGGGAUAUCGCACAUGCAGCCUGGAACAGUUGAAGAUAUAACCACAGGUGUCAUUACGAAGUUCAUUGUGAGAACGGUAACAUCAGGUAUAUUCACCGCCUACUGUCGAGUACAGGGCACGUUUUGGAAACUUCCUGAUUCUAAUGAGCGGUCUGAUUGGGGUCAUUUGCAAUGUUCUGGUCAGGUGACAGUUCAUGUGACUCAAGGAAAUCAGCCUCCAAGUAAUUAUAAGAACCUUGGACAGCAGCAUCUCACAACCCAGGGAGGAUCUGGUAUGCUAAUAUCCGGUGAUCCGGAUGAAGAAAUGUCCAGGCUGAACCAAUCCCUACAGGACCUGAUACCCAGCAUACAAUCAUGGACAAAUGGUAAUGCCGCUUAUCAAGCUGUUGUUACAUGUACCUUUGCAUUGGAAGGAAAUGAAGAUAUUCUGACCAACCGGGUAAACACCAUUCGAGUUUUUGAGCCAGCAGCAAAGGCAGUCAUGUACCACAUUGGACGUGAUGUUGUCAACACAAUCAUGUCCAGGUUCACCCCCAUACAAGAUGAGGUCUAG